AUGCUCGAUUAUCUUCUCGAAACGUAUCCUGACUAUCUCGUCGUCAAUGUUGACUCGCUGAGCUAUGCUGCGGAUCCUGAAAAUACAAAAGAAGCAGAACGUUUUGAUCGUUAUGUUUUUGUCCAUGGCGAUAUCACCCAGAGUGAUCUGCUGCGAGAAACCUUCGAAAAAUACGCCAUCAACGCCGUGAUGCAUUUUGCAGCAGAGUCCCAUGUGGAUAACUCACUCAAAGAUCCUGGUGCUUUCGUGCAUAGCAAUAUCCUCGGAAGCUAUACACUCCUUGAAGUAGCACGUCGCUACUGGGAAAAACAAAAUUGGCUCAAGGAAGCACGAUUCCAUCACGUCUCUACAGAUGAAGUCUAUGGUUCUCUGGGUCCUUAUGGACUCUUUACCGAAGAAAGCCCUUAUCAACCAAACUCUCCCUAUUCUGCGAGCAAGGCUUCAAGUGACUUUCUUGCGCGAGCCUAUCAUCAUAGCUUCGGAAUGAAUCUCACCAUCUCAAAUUGUUCCAACAACUACGGACCACGCCAACAUGAUGAAAAACUCAUCCCCACCGUGAUCCGCAGCUGCUUUGAAGAAAAGGAAAUCCCCAUUUAUGGUGAUGGAAAAAACAUCCGCGACUGGCUCUACGUCAAGGAUCAUGUACGUGCUGUGGAUCUUAUUUUCCAUCGGGGGACGAGUGGUCAGACCUAUAAUGUCGGUUGUCAAAAUGAAAAAACCAACCUCGAACUCCUGAACCUUCUUUGUUCCUGCAUGGACCGUCUUUUUCCACGAAGAGGGGGAACUUCGUAUGAAGCUCUUCAAACCUUCGUCAAGGAUCGUGCCGGUCAUGAUCGACGUUACGCGAUUGAUAAUCAUAAGAUCCAAACACAGCUCGGUUUUUCGAUAACAAGCUCCUUCGAAGAGAAACUCCAAGAAACGGUCUCGUGGUACUGGUCACGCUAUUCAUCAAGGUCCGCCAAAAAGAGUAGCUAA